AUGAAGGAAUAUACCAUCAACCACAUGGGGGAACUUCGCUGGUUCCUAGGGAUUGAAGUCAUCAGGGAUAGGGCCCAGAAGAAGCUUUGGUUCGCUCAAGUCUCGUAUCUCUCGAAGAUGGCCAAGAAAUUCCACAUUGAGGACGAUGAUCAGAUCCUUGGCGUGCCCCAGAUCCCGAUAACGACCGAAGAGCUCAAGCCAUACGAGAAGACGGCUACUAGGGACGAGGUUCAUCAAUAUCUCUCUAAUUGGCUCAAUUCUUCACCCAGCGAUUCACACCAGACCCGACGGAGAGAGGCCAGGAGAUGCCUGGCAUACCUCUAUCACACGAGAGAUCGCUGCAUCUGCUUCUCAGUCAAAGAAGCUGAACGCAGGUUCCUCUGCGCUUCUGAUUCAUCCUUUGCAGACAACCCGGAGACUCGAAAAUCCUCACAGGGAUAUGUCUUCUUGUUUCUAGGCGGACCCGUUGACUGGAAGGCUACGAAACAAGCGACUGUGACGACGUCGUCCACAGAGGCCGAAUUGCUGGCCCUGUCAAGCGCGGCGAAGGAGCAAAUGCAAUUUUCCCGGCUAAUUAAAGAGCUUGACAUCAAGGUAGAAGGCACCAAUGAGCUAUGGUGCGAUAACCUGCAGACCAUCAGGCUCCUGACUGAACUAAGCGCAAAGCUCAAGACGAACCUUAAGCACAUCGAUAUCCAUCGUCACUGGCUUCGACAGGAGGUUCAGGAAGAAAGACUCCAGAUCACAUGGAUCAAGUCUACGGAGAAUCCCGCUGAUGGAAUGACAAAGGCCCUUCCCAGCAAAAGCACGAAGCUUUUGUCAAGCAGCUAG